AUGUCUGGCUCCUCUGAGAUCACCAGGAACAAGACCAAACCAGUGUCCUCCCGGAACUCUCAACUGAGCAAGACCAGCACCUCAGAGGACACCAGCUCAACAGAAGAUACAAGCAGUGUCCAUUCCUAUGUGUCCACUAGUGCUGCUACUGAGGUCUCCAGGACCCCGAAUCUGCUGACUUCAGUGGUUCCUGGUUCUGAGACAGAGUUCAGUACAACUAUUCCUAUUAUGACUGAUUCUUCACAUGAACCAGAGACCAUGGUCUUAUUGACCACCCAUCCCAGUGCAGAAAAAAGCACACCGAUUUAUGUUUCAACUCAUUUAUUAGAAACCACAGCCUCACUUGCCAUCAGAACUGGGACCAAGAUUAGUACAGCUCUUCCAGCACAGACUGUUUCACUUGGUGCACUAGAGACAUCUUCUCUGUUCACCACACUGGGGACAGAGACAAGCAGAGGUGAUACAGCCCCAACUGUCUCACCUGGAGUUCCUGAUGAAACAGCCUCACUAUCCACCCAUCCUGGAACAGAGACCAGCACUAUUCCACCUUCAACUCUUUCGCCUGGUGUACACGGGCCUGCCACUGCCCUUGCAACAGCUGGCAAACCUAAUAGUGUAGCCUCCCGGAGCACAGAAACCUCGCUACUCACAACCUCAACUGGACUCCCAGAGUUUUCCAAGACUGUCACAAGGACCACUGGGACUUUGAUACCAUCGGAGUCCACAGCACCACCUAAAACUAGUUAUGGAAAAGGAGAAAGUCCAACAACUGUCCUGAAAAGUACAACCAUUGAGACUACUCACUUAGCCACAGGUUCUGUGUCUGAGACCACAGCCACCUCCAAAACCCUGGCCAGAAGUCCCUUUGCCCCUUUGCCCACAUCUGGAAUUUCCACCUUGGCUUCUGUGAAUGUGACUUCAGGAACAACUACAGUUCCUUUCCUGAUGCCUUUUACCAUCAACUUCACUAUCACAAACCUGGGCUACACGGAGGAUAUGGGACUCCCAGACUCUGAGAUAUUCAACAUCACUGAGAGAGUCCUGCAGCGCCUGCUCAGGCACUUGUUCAAGAACAGCAGUGUUGGCUCCCUCUAUUCAGGCUGCAGACUGACCUUGCUCAGGGCUGAAAAGGACAGGACAAGCACCAGAAUGGAUGCAGUCUGCUCCUAUCAAUCAGACCCCACAGGCUUUAGCCUGGACAGAGAAUGGCUGUACUGGGAACUAAGCCAACUGACCUAUGGCAUCACGCGGCUUGGCCCCUUCACGCUGGACAGGAACUCUCUCUACAUCAAUGGUUAUAACUAUCAACACUGGACCCACAUCACUAGCAGUGAGUAA